UUCUUCAGGGCAUCAGUUCAACGCCUGCAGGCGAGCUUUCUCCCAACGAACCCUCCGCCGAAUUGAGCCCCAGCGAUCCAGCUUCUUUUCUGGGAUAUCAGUUUGCGACAGACCACGGCGCUCCUUCACAAAAUCACGGCCUCUUCCUUAAUCACUGGAUACGACCCCAAAAGCAGUCGGCAUCGCCCAGUCCACAGCCUCUCGAAUAUUUCCACUACUCGUCUGCGCGGUUCCUGAGAGACCAGGAUUCAUGGACUCCCCUUCGAAUCACCGGUGUACCUGCCAAUGUGACUUACUCCACGCGGCCAUCGGAGAUGGUUCAAGAGCUGGGCGAGUUUGAUCGUAGGUGUUCUGCUAGCCAUUAUAGCGAACCCUCUGAGACUGGAAGUCAGUACAAUGGCCUACACUCGUCCGACUCUGGAUACAGCACUCGCAGUUGCACGACACGGUCCAUCGCUACCUCAUAUGCUGUAGGUUCUGCUUGCAGUCCGCGCCUUACCCCGCAAGAGUACGAACAUGGCGAGAAAACGGCGCCGGUAGGCGCCGAGUUAGCGCAUCAUUAUGAACCUAUGGAUAUUGUCGGUCCACCAGAGUCGCCGUCUAUAUUUGGUCAUGAAGUGAUCAAAUGCGACUACCCAAAAUGUCCGUGGACUGGCAAGUGUCCGUCUGAUAAAAGACGCAAGGAAGGGUUUGGCACCAUCAAUGAUCUUGCACGGCAUAAGAAAUGCGUUCAUAAGAAGGAGCCGGAGCGUGGGCCCAAGGUAUUAUAUAUGUGCUUUGGACGGAACUGCCCACGAAGCAGUAAGAAGUGGCCCCGCCUGGACAAUUUCCGUCAACACCUUGCUCGCAUGCAUAAUAAUGAAGACGCCGAUGAACUGCUGAGGAGGUCUCGUGAGUGGUACGAAAACCUAAAGUCAAAGGAUACUGUAUCUAUACAUACGGACAACAUGCCUGAACAGGCAACACUGUCACAAGUCCGACCCGAAUCAGGAAUCAUGGUUCAAUCCGCUAGCAAUGACCUCCAAGAUCCGCUUGCCGCGAUCCAUACAGCUUUCCAGGCCGCCAACUCGAGCAUGUUAUCGUUAGACCCAGUCAGAGAGCACAGCAUGCUCGACAUCGAUCAUACUCGGGCCAUUGAGCUGGCAGAAUUGAAGCUGGGGCCAGCGUUGGAGCAGAAUCCUUCCCAGCCUGCCAAUCCACGGCAUGAUAAAAUGGACAAUAUGAUAUCUGAAGCGGCGGUGAGUGUGAUAAAUGCUAUGACGAAAAUGAUCAACAAUCAUCAGCGGAGACGUGGCCACCUGGGGGAAGACGAUAUAACCGAACAGGAUGGCGAAUUAUCAGAUCGGAACCGAGACAUCCUGCAGAAGAUCUUGGUUACGGCAUCGGAGCUGCUAUCGGGGAGUCCAGGACCAGGAAAUAGCAAUCCCCUCGAGAAGACUAGUAACAGGUCGGACAGGGCGAGCUGGAGUCAAUGUGAGUUUUGUCCAGAAUAAACACGUCUGCGCUAUGGGAUGAAAUAAGUCCACGCAAGACGUUAGUCUUGUAUAUAUCUAAAAUUGUCCUUAGAAAACACCAAAAACGAGGCGAAGAGCCAUACAGCUGCA